AAAGAGACCGGCGUUUUGGCAUACCACUCGGGCGGCAAUGGGGGCGUGCGUGUCGAGCGAGGCGGCGGCCGUGGUGGCGGCGUCCGGGACGGCGAAGGUGAUCCUCCCCGACGGUGGGCUCCGGGAGUAUACGCGGCCCGUGACGGCCUUGCGCGUGCUGGGGAAGGACGCCGCCCGCUUCUUCGUGUGCGACGCGGACGGGAUGGAGUUCGAGGGGCUCGUCUCAACGGUGGGCGCGCACGAAGAGCUCCGCCCGGGGCAGCUCUACUUCGUGCUCCCGCGCAAAAUGCUAAGCCGCCCGCUCCACGCCGAGGAGCUCGCGGCGCUCGCGGUGAAGGCGAGCGCCGCGCUGGUGGGCGCCGUGGCACCGCUGGUGUUCCCUGCGGGGACGGCCGAGGAAGAGAAGGGGCGGAGGACGAGGACGGGAGGUGGCGGAGGGGGCAAGUUUGCGCCGGAUCUGAGCGUCAUUCCCGAAUAGAUGCAGAGGAGAUCGAGGCGGCGAAGUCCUCGUGGCUGUUUGGCGGCUGGUUUGCGCGCCGGCAUCGGACCAGGGGCAACGAUCUGUACCGUAGGAGUGAUCGUUCGAUGACAUCGUGAUUCGUGACACGAAGAUGGACGGACGCUUUUCUGGUGCGUGACAGUGCAAAUCAGAUCGGAGGGUGAUGGCCGUACAAAAUGGCGUCAAUGAGGUCCAAAACAUAGAAGCAGUUCCGUAAUUCUAGCUGUAAUCCUCCGAAUAACUUUGGAGAGAUGUGUAGAUAUAAAGCCAAUUUGUAUCAGAUCAACAAUGGAAAAAGGAAUUUUUUUUGGUUGUAUAAAUGUUGAAUCGU